AGGCUGCAGGCAUGAGUAACAGCGGUGGUUCUGUGGUAGCAGCGCUUCACUUUCUCUUCUGGGUACGUGCAGCUGCGGGCUGGGCUCGUUCGUUUGUGUUGAGCAGAGGAGCGCUGGGCCCGGUCAUGAAGUUGGCUUCCUCCGCCCCCUCGACCUCUGCAUCCUCUUCCCCACAAUUAUCCGAGAACUUCUGUUUGAUCUGCAAUGGUGAGGAAGUUCCCUGCCGCCUCAACUCCGAGCAGCUCCUCAAGAGUCUCCCGCGAGGACCUUACACCACUGCGAGGACGCACAUGCACAAAUUCGUCUUCGAGUUCGAGUUUCACAACAGUCGCAUCGCGGAGAGCACGCAACUGAUGGUCCAAGCAGGAUCUCUCUUGAAACCACGAGAAUACGAGAAACUCAUCGACCCUCAGCGAUUGAGACACGAGUACCUGAGCAAUAUCCGGGAGGCCGUGAGGCGAUACCAGAAGCACAACGACAAGGAGGGCGAGAUGAAGUUAACAACCCUACUCAAUGUGGAUGAACAUGCAGAUCACAAGUUGUACGUGCAUGUUCAGGCACUAGGGAAGCGGCCGGAACAUCCAGUGAAGGUUCAGGUGAUGGGAGCACCUCGUGAGAACGCACAUGCAAAGGACUCGGGCUGGGUGACAAGCAGGCAGAGCCUGUGGGAUGAGCGGAAGGAUGAAGUUCACGAAGUGAUUCUAUGCAACGAGGAGGGAAAACUCUUCGAGGGCCUCUCCUCCAACUUCUUCGUGCUCAAGAAGGACCAGGAUGGGACACCCGUCCUCAUCACAGCUCGUGAUGGCGUCCUCCUCGGUACCGUCCGGUCCCUGGCCCUCAAGAUGUGCGGCUCCUUGGGGAUCAAGGUGGUGGAGGAAGCGCCGACCCUCCAGGUAAUUCUGCCGGACCAGUCCGUCAUGACACCAGCUUCGACCACCAUCACCAACCAGCUCCUGGAUCUGCUCUUGCAGCAUGUGCUCGAGAGCAGCACUGAGUUGUGA